AUGAAUUACCCCCCGUCGAGGGAAUGCCUCAGGGCUGUGCGUGGGGGGGUUUUUGAUCGCGAUGGUGAGAAGGAUAUCUUUGGCACUCUGAAUAUCUUGACUCCUGAUGUGGUUAAGGCUGCGGCGCAGGAGGUUCAGGAUGGUAUUUCGGUUUCGCUGAAUUGGCCAAUUGGGAGCAUCAAGAUCCCUGGUUUCUUCAGAAAAAGUCUUACGCACAAGGUGAUGAAACUGGAAGAUCCAUCGGCUGAUUUGCAUUAUGGAUUCGAUGAUGAGGUCGAGUUCAACACCCAGGCAAGCAGCCAGUGGGACAGUCUCUGUCACUUCAUGCAUCUGCCCUCUGGAAAGGCAUACAAUGGGGUUACUCCAACCAUCGCCGAGAUGGAAGAUCCCGCCAACGCGACUCAGAAGCUACCCACUCUUGACAGUUGGCACAAACGCGGCUGUAUUGCUGGAAGAGGCGUCCUAAUCGACUUCAAAUCCUACGCCGACAAACACGGCAUCUCAUACUCUCCCUUCACAGGCUUCCGAAUCAGUCCAUCGGACAUCGAAGCAGUAGCCGUCGACCAGGGCGUAUCUUUCAAGCAAGGAGACAUCUUAAUCAUCCGAUUCGGUGUCACAGAAGCGCUAGGAAAGAUGACGGGCGCAGAACAAGCAGCGGCCAUGGGAAGUGUCAGCGUUUGCGGAGUCGAGGGAACUGUCGAGAUGACACGCUGGCUCUGGAAUCACCAUUUUGCCGCUAUUGCCAGUGACAACCUCGCUGUUGAGGCUAUGCCGCCGAUGGAGAAUGGGGAUGUUCUACCUCUCACCAACCUCGUGCUGCAUCAGUGGUGCCUGGGGCUGUUUGGUAUGCCGUUGGGUGAAUUGUGGGAUUUGAAGGCGCUGGCGGAGGUGUGCAAGGAGAAGAUGAGAUAUUCGUUCCUCCUUACGUCCGCUCCGCUGAAUGUGCCCGGUGCUGUUGGAAGUCCCCCAAACGCGAUUGCAAUUCUGUGA